AUGUCAACCCCCAGCAAUCAGAACGAGUACUGGGUGAUAUUCUACCAGGACGCAAGACGAUGGAUGCACAUGUUCCACAGCUCACUCAGGAGCGGUAAGUCCUUCCAAGCCCAGGUUGUCGUGCGCUAUGUCGGAGGAAGCCAGCUGACCGGCGAGCCGUGCGUGCGCAAGCGUCCCGAAGAGAAGCACGACCAAGAUGGCCGGAGGGCGCUCAGAGACGAGGCAGCCAACCUCGCAUCGCUGGAGCAGGAUCUGAAGGAAAAGGGCCUGUCGCUGGGUGCCGCUCACAUCGCCGAGCUCCUGCGCAAAACGUCCAAUGACGAUCCAGAUUCCGUCGAGUCCAGCUACUGGAAGCUGUACAACCUCGGCUCGCUGCACGGGCUCCUGCUGAAGCUUCGGGACAACAAUGCGAGCAGGAGCAUCCUGCCGGCCAUGGCCGCCCGUGUCGCAAGACACAUGCUGAUAGCCAUCAAGUCUAGCCUCGUGACGCCCAAGGGGGGCCUGCUGCACAACGACAUUGUCAGCAGCAACGUGUUUGUGCACUUUCCGCCGGGCGGGGACGAUAAGCUCCCCGACUUUUACCUCGGGGACUGGGGGGACAGCCAGCCCGAGAACAGGCCACGGCAGAGGUUCAAUGGCGUCCAAGAGAGCCUCAAGAGGCUCGACGGCAUUCUGAACGAGAUUACGCAGCUGCAUGCGGCCGACCCGACUGUUCAUCAUCAGCUAUCCACCGUUCUGGGCAGCGUCUGCACGGGAGCGCCGGCAAACGACCCUGAACUCGCCACGUUCCUUGCCGAGCGGUUGAACAAGGCCGUCGAAACGGCGGCUCGGCUCGAGAAGGACGCCCUCGACACCGUCGCGGGGAGCAUCGGCUCUGUCAAGGCCGUCCUGCAGAGUUUUGUGAUUGUCCCUCGACCCGCACGCUACAGAACCGCAGAGGAAGCCGAAGCGGCCGUCGAGGCGAAUCACCUCCGCGGGUGCACGCUGCAGCUGGUCGAGAACGGCAAGAUAGAUUUCACCAAGGGCAUGGUGCCGGGCGGGAGCGAUUCCUCGUCCGCGAGCGAGUCGUCCCUCGCGGAUUUGGUUGGGGAUUUUGCUGGGCUUUGA